GACAUAACCACAAACCUCCUACCUCAGGCCAGACCACCAGCUGUCACAGUGCGCAUGCCCCGGCCGCCGCCAUUUUAGUACACCCGGAAGUGCGCGUAACCCCUCGAGACCCCCAUAAAGUGUCACCACAGAGCGUCCACCCAGGUUCCCACACAGAGGGGACACACAGCUGUGGGGGCAACAUACCGCUCCAGGCUGGAAUCACGUGGGAAGGUAAGUGAUGCUGUCAGUCAGCUCCGCCCCCAGUGUCCUAAUAGAGGAAACAAUAACCAGUAUCUGUGAUUUAUAAUGGGUAUUAAUACUCACUGUGAAUGGGGGGGGGUAUUAAUACUCUGUGCACACUGUGAAUGGGGGGGUAUUAAUACUCUGUGCUCACUGUGAAUGGGGGAUAACCAGUAUCUGUGAUUUAUAUAUUAAUACUCUGUGCACACUGUGAAUGGGGUCACUGUGAAUGGGGGGAUAUUAAUACUCUGUGCUCACUGUGAAUGGGGGGGAAUAUUUAAUACUCUGUGCUCACUGUGAAUGGGGGGGGAUAUUAAUACUCUGUGCUCACUGUGAAUGGGGGGAUAUUAAUACUCUGUGCUCACUGUGAAUGGGGGGGGGGAUAUUAAUAUUUGGGGCUCACAGUGAAUGCAGGGGGGGAUAUUAAUAUUUGGGGCUCACAGUGAAUGCAGUAUAUUUACUACCACUGGUGGUAUAUAAUGGGGGGGUUAUUAAUACUUGGUAAUGAUGAUAUCUGUAAUUUCAUAAUACAGCAUGCUGAGGUUCACUGUGAUAUCACUACCAGCCAUCCUUCUGUUAUGUUACAUAAAUGGUUAAACAGAUAAAGGCUGAAUCCUGACCCACAGGCAGGCUGGCUUUUAUUUAGAGGUUUGGUAGAACUACAACGCCCAUGAUGCUCUGACAGGCUUUGGCAUGAUGGGAGUUGCUCUCUGUCCCCCCCUGUUGGUGGUUAUUACGUCAUUUUGGCGGGAAAGCUGAGGGGUUUGUCUGUCCACCUGCAGCACUGAGUGCUUUACACUGCAGGCAGGGCAGAACCUUUCAUGUGGUGCCCAUCACUCUGUGUCCAGGUAAACAUGGAGGUGGCCUGGCCUGCUGGGCAGACUUUCACACUGGCUUUACCUGUUUUAUCUCUGCAGAAAUAAAAAAAAAAUGAAUUUUUAGUUGCAGCAACAAAACUUUACAAAAUGUCAGACUAAAUAUUAAUUUGCCUGUCAAUGGGCUGGGCUAACACCUGUAUUAAAAUUAAACUUCAAGCACCAUAACCACUACAGCAUGCAGGGUGAUCAGCUGAUCUGCUCAGCCAAUGAGCCAGGCCUGCACCCAGGUAUUAGGAGCUAAUGGAAGCUUCUAGAAAGAGCUUUGGCUCUCAGUACCAGCUGAUAUGGGGUGGGGAGCAGGGCCGGACUGGGAAGAAAAUUCGGCCCCGGCAUUUUUUAAAUAACAGCGGCCCACAAAAAAGGGGGCGGGGCCAGAGAGGGUGUGUUUUGUCAUCACCAAUGACACGCACGCACGCCCCCUCUCAAAGUGAGCAUGUUGGUUCAAUGCUCUUCCAAGGCAGAGCUAUAGCAUGAGAAAAAAGGCCCUGUAUUUGUUCUGCACAGCACAAGCAAAUUUAAUAACAUGCUUGCACUGUGUUUGCUUGGAAUUUGUCUCUGGUGUCUCCAUAGAUGGGAUACCAGGAGACAAAAAUGCCAGGAAAGAGUAUUGUGUGUGCUGUGUGUGUGUGCAAGAGGGAUGCUGUGUGUGUCAGGGGUGCAGUGUGUGUGUGUGUGUGUGUCAGGGGUGCAGUGUGUGUGUGUGUGUGUGUGUUUUGUGCGAGUGUCAGGGGUGCAGUGUGGGUGUGUGAGUGAUUAUAUCCCCCCUCCUUACCUUUAGUCUGGGAGGGGGGAUCCUGCUGCUGCUGCCAUCCAUGGUGGUCCUAGUGAUGAGUGAACUCUAGCCUGUGGGGAGAGGUGUCAUACAUGAUUGUUUCAUUUAGAAUUGUGUAUCCCUGGAAAAUCAAAAACAAAUGGUAUGACGUUCUCACCUCUCUGGGUAGAAUUUGUCAUUCUGAGAUCGUCGCCCAGAGGCCUGGGAGUUUGAGAGCUCUUUGCAAUAUCUUAGCUGUUACAAAAACUGCACUCUACUGUACAGAGAUCUCAGAUGUCCCACCUGGACUCUGCUGUAGCCACUCUUCCAACUUGGAUGUUAUAGCCCAUAGUGCGAUCACAACUUUGACUAUUGCUCAUUUCACUUGCCACAUCCUUUCUUGCUCCCUUUUCAGCCCUUGGUAUUUGUCCAUCUUUUCAUGUUCAAUCUCCUUAAUGUCACUGGGUAUUGUCUCAUACGUUACUUUGAGAUCUUUCGUUCGUUGGCCAGUACUUGCUUGCCUGUCUGGAUCUGGAAGUCCCACAGGAUCUUGAGAGGUUGCUUUAACAGAUUCAAUUGCUGCUGGUAUGUCCUCUCAGUUGAUUUACCAGGUUUAAUUGGUGCUGGUAUGUACUACAUGGUUUACAUUUGUAUAUAGGUAUCCAUUCUCUUUUUAUCUGGGUUAAUUUUGCUCAGUCUGCAUAUCCUAGAUUGCUUGUUCCUGGUUUUGCUUGUCUAUUUUGGUGAGAGCUUGCAUAUUGAUUUGUAUAUGUAUGACUACAUUUAUAAUCUUAUGAACAUUGGUGAUACCUGUUACGCUUGUACCUGUACAAUAAAGUGCUUUAUAUUUUAGCUGGUUGUCCUCUUUGAGUACUAUAUUCUCUACUACAGGCUUCCCCAAACUCCGGCCCUCCAGAUGUUGCUGAACUACAACUCCGAUUAUUCUAUGAAUGAAAUAGGCUGAGAAUCAUGGGAGUUGUAAUUCAGCAACAUCUGGAAGGCCGGCGUUUGGGGAAGCCUGCUCCACUAUGCCAACUUGGGGCACAGAUGCAGGUUAGAUGUGGGCAUGGGAGAUUCUUCCUACUCAUUGAUAUAUAUCGAUCUAUUAUGCAAAUAGUAAUUCCAGACAAUGAGCUUUUGCCUAGACAGAUGUUGUUGUAUUUUUUGUUUUGUGUGUUUUAGAACACCAAUUAUCUAACAAGUGGGGGAGGGGGGCAGGCAACCCCAGAAAGUGGUGCGAGCAAGGUGUGAAAAGUGCCCUUGCUGUCAGUAUACAAUAAGGCUCUACAGGAAAAUGGCUCCUGUUUACCAACACACCCACGUACCCCACUCAAGUGGUCCCUGUUUGCCACUACUUUCACUUUGCUUGUAGGCUUCCAAGGCUGUACAUGGAAAGCAGGGGCCACUUUCUGGGGUUGCCGGGGAGGUUACUGGUGAGAAGGGGCCACUUUCCCAGGUUGCCUGAGUUCUUGUUGGAUCAAAUGCCUAAAAUUACUUUAAUGCAUAAUAUAUAUUAAUUUUUGUAAUCUGCGUCCGUUAAAGGCUUACUUUCAUUUAGACACUUAAAGUAAUCUAUAGGUUAGAAUGAAAAAAAAAAGUGUGUGUGUGUGUGUGUCUGUGUGUGUGUGCAAAUGUAUGUUACUUUUGAAACUGAUCCCUUUCUGCCUGCAGUAUUUGCUGUCUGGCAAAGCAGUGGAUGGUUGCAAAAUGGUGAGCCCAGGUUGAGAUAACCUUCAGAAUGGGGGAUUGGAAAGGUAGCAAGGGAUUAAAGUUGAUAUUAAAGCACGGUAUCAUCUGCAUUCACCACAUUUUCCCAUAUUAUUGAAACAUACAUGUAUUAAUGUUUGUCUUAAUGACUUUCCUUGUUACACAGAUCAUUUUAAUCACUUUAAAUUUCUGGCAAUGAUUGUACCACCAAAAAAAAAGUUAUUGCAUUACCUGGUGCGCAGUGUGGUACAGUGAUAAAAAUUGUUAAUCUUCUAUAGGAUGAGUGCCACAACGUGGAAUUACUUCACUACCAGACAGAAGGUUGUGCUAACCAUUGGCCUAUCUGCAAGUGCUGCAGUGCUGUAUGUCUACUAUAUCAAAUACCGUAACAGGAAAGGUGAGAUUGGCACCCAGGGAAUAAUCAUUGCAAGUAACAUGUUUAGGUAUAUAUACACACAGUUGGGUCUAGAAAUAUUUGGACACUGACACAAGUUUUAUUUUGUUUGUUUACGAAAAAAAAAUUCAAGUUUCAGUUAAAUGGUGUUGUGUGGGCUAUUCCGUCAUUAUUUCUUCAUCAAUUAAGCAGAUAAAAGGUCUUCUGGAGUUGAUUCCAGGUGUGGCAUUCGCAUUUGGAAGCCGUUGCUGUGAACCCACAACAUAUGGUCAAAGGAGCUCUCAAUGCAUGUGAAACUGGUCAUACUUGGACUGCAUAAAGAAAAAUCCAUCAGAGAUGGCAGGAACACUAGAAGUGGCCAAAUCAACAGUUUGGUAUAUUCUGUCCAAGGAAGACAACAGUGGUAGGAUCUUUUUCCAUGGUAAAGAAAAAUCCCUUCACAACAUCCAGCCAAGUGAUGAACAUUCUUCAGGAGGUAGGCAUAUCACUAUCCAAGCCUACCAUUGUGCUUACUCUCAUUUCUGGCCGUGUUCCUGCUUCCAGUCUCCACUCCAGUGGUUCCAAUGCCGGCCGCUGAAGCCCGCCCUCUCUUAUUGCACGUGCACGCCGACUGCAUGACGCUAAUGACACCAUCACGUCGAUGAUGUCAAGGUCAGAUUUGACCGGUUUGGGGGCGUGGCUUCCAAUUUAAAGAGCCAAUCUAUAAAAGGCUGGUUCACACAUAGGACCUUGCCUUGUUGUGGUUAUUUUGUUAGUUCCCAAUAGUGCUUUACAUCUGGUUGUUCUAUUUGGUAUUUUGACUUUGGCUACCCUGACUACUCUACAUUUUCCUAAAUUGACUCUGCUCACGUACCUCAACUAUCCUAAUACCUGGUGUCCUGACUCUGCUUAUAUACCUCGUUUUCGUGAUUUUUGUCUCCCUCGACCUUGGCUUGUUCUGUACUAUUCUCUAGCUGUCUAACGUAGAGUCCGGCCACUUUAUGGUCAACCAUAAGGAGAAGACUUCCCUAGAUCAAAUACAGAGGGUUCACCACAAGGUGCAAACGAUUCAUAAGCCUCAAGAAUAGAAAGGCCAGAUUAAAACAAGUCAUACCAGUUUUGGAACGGCAUUCUUUGGCCAGAUGACCUGAAGAUCAACCUGUACACGAAUGAUAGUAAGAAAAAGAGUAUGGAGAAGGCUUGGAACGGCUCAUGAUGUGAAGCAUACCACAUCAUCCACAAAACAAGGUGGAGGCAGUGUGAUGGCAUAGGCAUGCCUGGCUUCCAAUGGUACUGGGUCACUAGUGUUUAUUGAUGAUGUGACAGAAGCAGCCGGAUGAAUUGUCUGCUCAAAGUUGAUUGGACAGUGCUAUACUAUACAGAUGGACAACGACCCAAAACAUACUGUGGAAGCAAGUCUGGAGUUUUUAAGGCAAAGAAGUAGAAUAUGCUGCAAUGGCCAAAUUAAGGUGAUCUCAACCCGAUUUGAGCAUGCAUUUCACUAGCUGAUGAUGAAAUUUAAGGCUGAAAGAUCCAUGAUCAAACAAUUGAAGAUAGCGGCAGUAUAAGGCUUGGCCAAGCAUCACAAAGGAGGAUGUCCAUGCAGUUAUUGCCUGCAAAGGGUUCUUGACAAAUUAUUCAAAAUUACAUUUGAGCACCUGAAAUAAGGAGACUGUGUAUGGUAAUGGUUGCAGUUCCAUACAAUAUUUUUGUUUAUCCCCUUAAAUUAAAGCUGAAAGUCUGCACUUCAAUUCUGUCAGUGUCCAACUAUUUCCAGACCUAACUGUGUGUGUAAUAUAUUCUCCUACACUUGUAUGGUGGACUAAAUGAAUGUGUGAAAUUAAUUUUUAACGUUUCACUUCUCUUAAAGGAACAUUAGUCACCUAAAAAUUUUAGCUUAAAGGACCACUAUAGGCACCCAGACCACUUCAGUUUAAUAAAGUGGUCUGGGUGCCAGGUCCAGCUAGGGUUAACCCUUUUUUCUAUAAACAUAGCAGUUUCAGAGAAACUGCUAUGUUUACCUAUGGGUUAAUCCAGCCUCUAGUGGCUGUCUCAUUGACAGCCACUAGUGGCACUUCCGCGUUUCUCACUGUGAUUUUCAGUGAGAAGACGCCAGCGUCCAUAGGAAAGCAUUGAUAAUGCUUUCCUAUGAGACUGGCUGAAUGCGCGCGGCUCUUGCCGUGCAUGCGCAUUCAGCCGAUGACGGAAGAAGAGGGAGGAGCCCGGCGCUGCAAAAAAGGUAAGGGAUCAACCCCUCCCCCCCUUAAGCGCCACGGGAGUGGGACCCUGAGGUUGGGGGCACCCUCAUGUCACUAUAGUGGUCCUUUUAAUGAAGCUGUUUUUGUGUAUAGAUCAUGCCUCUCAGGUUUGCUGCUCAAUUCACUGCCAUUUAGGAGUUAAAUCCAUUUGUUUCUGUUUCUGCAGCCCUUGUCACACCUCCCCUGGCUCUGAUUGACAUGGCCUGCAUGAAAAAAGUGGUUUUACUUUCAAUCAGAUGUAAUUUACCUCAAACAACUGUAUCUCUUUCUCUGUAAAUUGAACGUUAAUCCCAUACAGGAAGCUCUUGCAGGGUCUAGCAAGCUAUUAACAUAGCAGGGGACAAGAAAAAUCUAAAUUAAACAGAACUUGCAAUAAAGGAAGGAUACACUUUACAGGAAGUGUUUAGGAAGGCUGUGCAAGUCACAUGCAGGGAGGUGUGACUAGGGUUCACAAACAAAGGGAUUUAACUCCUAAAUGGCAGAGGAUUGAGCAGUGAGGCUGCAGGGACAUGAUCUGUAUACCAAAACUGCUUCAUUAAGCUAAAGUUGCUUUGUUGACUAUAGUGUCCCUACUUAUUUUUUUAUUUUUUUUUAACAUUCCAAAAUGGACUGACAUUUACUACCCUGUUAUUUUUUUUUUCUUGUAAUUGAUGCUAUAGCAAUAUCUGAUUUACUGCUUUCAGUUCCCAAAACACCAUGCCCUUCUGAAGGAAAAGAUUUGGAGUGCCACAUGAACAUUUCACCCGAUGUCUUAAAAUUGAUUGUAGGAAGAGAGGGCAACAUAAUGAAGAGGGUAAGACUUAUUACAUCAUGAUGUCGUUUUCACAUUCAUAGGGGAAACAAAUGUUUGAAUCUGCACAGCUUUAUUUGCCAUUGUUAUAGAUGCAGUGCAUGUUGCAUAAGCUCCUACUUGGUAGCACAGUUUUUUGUAGGUUUUACCUCUCCCUCUAUUUUCAGUGGGAAGGCUAGGAUAGAGUGAGGUUUUUCAGCUGUUGCUUUGUGCCUGCAGGCAUCAUUCUAGAAGUAGCCGAUCCUAAGGAUUUUUUUUAUUUUUUUUUUUUAAAUGCAAUAUCUCCAGCUUAAGGGGAGUAUGUUAUACUUACCUGAACCUAUCCCUUAUGGCCACUGUCCUGGUCCGCCUGCUGGUCGUCUUGAGCACCUGGUACGUCCUCUGCCAGGAGCCCAUGUCAAUGUUGUACUCUUGCUCAAGUGGAAAAGUGAGGUCUGUGGAUGAGCAUGGGCUCCUCCAUUGAUAGAGCAUUUUUUUUCAUACAGCCAGCACUACUAAGAGCAGGUGGAAAUGACCAGAUAAAGGUAGCUCCACUGUUGGUCGUUUUGUUAGGCACAGGAAAAUUAAUAAGACAAGCAGUCCCUACUUUGCCUUGGUAUAUCAUUGGACUGUGUUGGAAUUACAGUAAAGCACCUAUGUAGCGCAAAUUGCAAAAAAAACUUUGGCCAUGAUGGUAAGGUGUCAAAACACCCAGUGCAUCUCGGUGUGCUGCAUAGCUGCACACUGGUUAUAGUGCACAUGAGCAUAAGGUGGAUGGUCAGGUGCAUGUGUCGUUUACCCAGGGAAGAGAUGGUAGCAGGAAGAAGACAGGCCGACAGAGGCAAUGUUAUGCUCUGCGCAAUGUGCUUCUGGGAAACAUUGGAUCCUGGUAUUCACGUGGAUGUUACUCUGACAUAUACCACCUUCCUAGAUAUUGUUGCAGAUUAUGUACACCCAUUCAUGGAAAUUGUGUGACCUUUUUCAGCAGGAUAAUGCACCCUGUCACACUACAAAAAUUGUUCAGGAUUGAUUUAAGGAACAUGACAAUGAGUUCAUGGUGUUGCCUUGUCUUCCAAAAUCCCCAGAUCUCAACCUGAUUGGGCAUCUCUGUGAUGUGCUGGAACAACAUAUUUGAUCCAUGGAAGCUCCACCUCACAACCUACAGGACUUAAAGGUUCUGCUGCUAAUGUCUUGGUGUCAGAUACCAAAGAAUACAUUCCGAGGUAUUCUGGAGUCCAUGCCUUGACGCAUUAGAGCUGUUUUGGCAGCACAAGGGUGACCUACACAAUAUUAGGCAGGUGGUUUUAAUGUUGUGGCUUAUUAGUGUAAUAUCAUAAAGAAUAAACAAAAAAAAGAGAAAAAUGGCAUUCUACCUGUGUAUGAUUUACUGAGAAGAUUGUAGGUUAAAAAGUAACUUUUAAUGAAUAAAUCUAAAAUAAAAAUAUAAAAAAGAAAAAAAAAAUAUUAUAUGAACAGCAGGAGUAAAUGGAGACUAUACAGCGAGUAAAACUCUGUGACUACUUAUACAAGCUGUAAAAGUGUAUACGUAAUAACACUAAUGCUAAAGCAAUACCGUUUAGCUACAAUAUAACAGUGUAUUCCCAAGUAAUAAGUGAUACUAUAUUAUAUAUCACUAAUAGCUGUAACAAGAGGGGGGAGAUAAGACAACUGAUAAACCAGUGCUGUCAAUAGUUAAAAGAUAUGGAUAAGUAAAUCCCUACAUGAUAGUACAACUAACGACAUGGGUUAACUCUACAUACAAUAAUUGAUGAUGUUCUAUGGUGCUUAACCUCGGAAAGAUCAAAGAUAAUGGUUCAGCUAAGACAGAUUUCUGACAGACGGCGAUUAGCCAGUUAAAUAUCACAAAAGCUGCUUAGCUUAUAGCAGCACUUUGAUAAUAAAUUUAAAGGUUGCUGUCAAGCAGUAGAGUAUAAAAUAGUAGUCACAGAGUUUUACUCGCUGUAUAGUCUCCAUCUACUCCUGCUGUUCAUAUUAUAUUAUUUUUCUUUUUUAUAUUUUUAUUUUAGAUUUAUUCAUUAAAAGUUACUUUUUAACCUACAAUCUUCUCAGUAAAUCAUACACAGGUAGAAUGGCAUUUUUUUCUUUUUUUGUUUAUUCUCUGAUAUUCACCAUUUAGGGGUUACCCCCCUUUUUUUGUGCCCUCUACCUUGUGAUAUCUAAAUUUUGGCCCUAGGUUAAUCCUUUUUGUUUUCCUCGUAUAAUAAUUAUUAGUGUAAUAGUUCUGCUUAAGCUACUGGAAAACAUCCUGCCUAUCCUGCAGGAGAGGUUGGAUGCAGUGCAGGCGCCAAGGGUCCCUGUAAGUUGUCAAAAUAUAUAAAAUAAAUUUGAAAAAAGUUUACGUAGUUACCCUGUUACAGCACCACUGUACGGGGUGCAUGAAGUGUACCUUUCAUUACUGAUGAUUUACAAGAGAACCACAUUUAGUUUAUACUGCCAUGUUUGUGCUUAAAAAGUUGUAUUUUAUUUUUAUUUACGCUUCAAUAUUUAGUCUUUUAUACCACAUUAACUGUUAAACCUUAUGCAUUUGCUGAGCCAGCUGUGUAUACACAAAAAUGGCUGAACUCUACAAUAUACCUUUUUAGAUAAAACACACUUAAAAUAAAGUAUGGUGUGUGCGGUAGACAUGGUAUAUUCUUUGUCUCCCUGCAGCUUCAGAAACAGACAGAUGCCCAUAUUACAGUAAGCCAUGAGCCAGACUAUAAAGGAGAAUAUGAAAUGACUAUCACAGGCAGCUGUACUCAGGUCCAUCAGGCCCAAGAAGCGGUGCACAGAAUCAUGCAGGAGUGUGCAGUCCUGCGAUUGGAGCUCCUACUGCCUGCCAGGUGCUUGUGUCGCAUUAUAGGUGUGUCUCUCCCACCUCCAUAAAACCUAAAAUGUAUAACUCCAUAGUCAGGUGUCCUUUCUUUCUCUGACAUACACAUUGGGGGACUGUCAUGCUGGAUAGUCUGCUUGCUGUUUUUCUUAUUGAGUGGAAACGUGUCAGCCAUUGGGGACUAAAUAUAUUGACGUCUGCUUUUAAAAGUGGUCACUCCCACAGAAUAAUGCAGAAAGAGGAGAAAAACAAGUUGUAAAUAAUGCCCAGUGUUCAAAGCAGUGUUAUUUUAUUGUAGAAAAUACAAAAAUAAUGUAAAGGGAGAGGGGACUAAAAGGUUUUGAUAGGAUUAUGGCUUGAUUUCAACAGGGCAAGGUGGAGAUAAAAUUAGAUCCAUCAGUAGGAGCUCUGGGGCCAAAAUCUGGUGUGAACCAAAGCUUGAAGAUUCUGAUCUUAUCCAGACCAGGAAAAUCACAAUCACAGGAACCAAGGAGCAGGUGGAAGCAGCCAAGGUUUGUGCGAUGUUUCUUUCUUCAUAGUCCUAACAAAAUAACUGCAAUCCCAGCAUAAACAUCACCGCUAUUUUCAAUUGAUUUCCAAUAAACAGCUACUGAUCCAGAAGAUUUUAGAAGAGGAGGAAAGCCUCCAGAAGACCGCAGCCAAAUCCUCUGCCUUCCGAUGUCACAGGAAGGAAAUCAUUGCUGUGAAGAAGAAAGAUGGACAGAAACCUACAGAGGACCAGAUAGUUGAGCCGGAUGAACAAAGGGCCAUUGAAGGAAAAUUGGACAAUGAGACCAGAAAGGAUGGCUCUUAUGAUGAGAGCCCUUGCAGCUCAGAAGUCACUGACACCACUUACAGUGUUUCCAAGUUUGAAGGUAAGGAAAAAAAAAAAGAUAUGAAAAUUGGCGGGAGGUAGGGGUUAGCGGGCAGCACAGCCAAAAAGAGCUGAUAAAGGCUUGACGUUCCUCUUGUUGGUGAUACACUAUUACAAUAAUAAACUAUCCUGGUUAACUUCACUGUGCCAUAAAUAUAUUUUGCAUAGAAAAUGUUUGUGUUUUGUCUUUGGAAGUUUAGCAGGUAUGUGUAAAUGUACAAAGUACACGUUUUGCUCUGGAGAUAUUAAUACUUGUUUCUCUCUAUAUAUACAGUCCCCAGUCCAGAUUUCAACUUUCGUGUAGACGAGUAUGUUGAUCUCUAUGUCUCUGCCACGGAGAAUCCUCAGCACUUCUGGAUUCAGAUUCUGGGUUCUAGAUCAUCACAACUGGACAAGCUGACUAGUGAGAUGAGUGAGCACUACCAGAAUCAGCAGGUAAAUGCAUCAUCAGAGCCACCAUGCAGUCCCUUGGGGCUUCCAUACAACCAAGCUACAUUUAUUUGCAUUUAGUUUUUUUACAUUUUUCAAUGUGAUCUGUCCUGUGAGACAGGAAAGGUGAAUGCCACUUGCAAAAUGGAAAAUAAAAUUUACCAUAAACAUUUUAUACUACUAGUUAUUGGUAGUUGCAUUUCAUCAAGCUGAGUAGGUUCCCCACUCCCCCACCCAGACCACUUCAACACAUUGUCCUUGUCCCCUUAGUCCUGCAAUAUAAUUAAUUGCAGGACUAAGACUGCCUCUAGUUGCUGUCUAUCCAGCGUAGAUUUCCGGGAGUUUACCGGACUCUGGGUCCCUUAACCCCUUAAGGACCGAUAAAGAUCCUGAACUGUCAUAACGGUAAUAUUUACUUACCUGAUUGCCGCCGUUCCCCCGGCGGCGAUUGGCGUUGCUCCCAGUGUGGGGAGACUGCCUGACAGCCCAGGCAGUUUCCCCUCGUCUAAUUAGGACCCUGUGGCCAUGUGAUCGCUCUAACAAAGCGGUCACAUGGCCGCAAUAGGCAUCCAAGUAUCUGCUUGCAGGGGGACUGCCUGACUGGUAGUUUCCCUGCAUGUGUAAAAUAAAAAAUAGCUAAUGAAUAAAAAUAUAAUGUCUGUGUGUGUGUAUAUAUAUAUGCAAUACAAAGCCUCAAUAAGCAAACCAGUAACCAACAUCAUGCUGAGGAGUUGCAUAAACAACGAAACAGCUGUCCAUGAGUGGUUCGCUGGUUUUGCCUCUUUUCCUAAAUUAUGUUCCACGCAGUUGUAUACUGCAAAUACAGAUUAAAAGGAAUCCAUGUUUUAAAAUGAAAUUAGGCAAAAAUUUGAUUCUUUGUUAAACUAAUUUGCAUAUGCCCACCCAGAAUCCUUUGCGGUUGAGAGAUAUAUAUAUAUAUAUAUAUAUAUAUAUAUAUAUAUAUAUUUUUUUAAAUAUUAAAUUUUAUUCUAACUGUAUUUUGAUACUAAUAUAUAACAAUAAACUUAGAAUUAAAUUAUAUAUACAGCUAUGUAUAUAUCCAUAUACAAAAUUACAUAAAUUCAUAAAUAUACAUGUAGACUUCAAAUAUAUAAAUGUGUGUAUAUAUUUAAAUUCUAUGUGCGUAUUUAUGUAAUAUUUUUACAUUCAUUUUAUUGAUUGCAAUUUGAGGGACCUGCCUGACAACCCAGGCCAAAAGUCCAGAGAAUUGAAUUUGCUAGCACUGUAUUUAACCCUGUAACUUUCUAUGACACCCUAAAACCUGUACGGGGGGGGGGUUUAAUUUUUCACACACAAACUGCACUUUCACUGAUAUUGUUGUGACACGUUUUACGGUUUUGAAACUCUAAUAUAUGUGUUAAGCAAAGUCUCCCGAGUAUGACAGUACCUCCCAUGUACAGGUUUUAUAGUGGUUUUUGAAAGUUGCAUGGUCAAAUUUUUUUACAUUACCCACAUGAUGGCAUACCAUUUGCAAAAGAAGACAACCCAAGGUAUUGCAAUUGGGGUAUGUUUAGACUGGACAUACCCCAUAUUGAAUACCCUGGGUUGUCUACCAAAAAAAAAAAAAAAAAGUGUGAUUCAGAGACUUAUGACAGAUAACAGUGUUACAAUGUCACUAUUGAUACAUUUUUAAAAAUAUAUACUUUGAAACCGCAAUUUCAUAUCUGUACUUAUAGCCCUAUAACUUGCAAAAAAAAAGCAUGUCAACAAUGGGAGUUUUUAAACUCGGGACAAAAUUUUGAAUAUUUUUUUUUAACCGUGUUUUUUAUUUAUUUUUUUUUCCUUAACCUCUGUAGAUGAAUACAAUAUUUUUAGAGUAAGUCAAACAUGAUUUUUUUUAUAUUUUUAUUUUUAGUAAAUUAUGACAUGAUUAGAAAUAAUGGUAUGUAAAGAGAGCCAUUUUUGUCCUGGAAAAACAACUGCACCUAACCCCCAGAAUAAAUAGACCGAAAGCAACCAAGACUAUACAAACUGAACUAAUAUUGAAUAUCAAUACGGAGUGAAACAUAACUUCCACUUCUACAAUGGAAAUACUUUUAUAAUUAUCAUAUAAAGUUUAAAUGGUGUUUAUUUUUUUUUAAAUGCAUAUAGUGCAGCACUACUCACCACAUGUCUUAAGCAAACACCGAAAGAGUGGGUUUAGGUCUUAUACAGUUUGUAACACAUUCUGCCCAAAGAUCACCUCUUGAGAUGAAAGGACACUAACUAAGGACACAAAGCCAGUGUUCACCAACGGUGUCUAGAGAAGACCAUGAAGCAGCCUUACACAACUGUUUUAGAGAUGCGUCUGCUCCCACCCCCAUGAUGUGGACAGUGGUGGAGAAAGUCCUGCUUGUUAAUAUUCUGCUGAAAUGUAAUCCUUUAAUCCACAAGCGAUGGUAUCAUUAGAAACAUAAAAACUGUAUUUAUUUGGCCCUGAAAUAGUACAAAAAGAUGGUUGUACAUAUUUGGAGUGCAUUUGGUCCUAUUACAUAAACACAUCAACAUGCGUUUUUUUUUUUGUUUUUUUUUAUGAACAGAGGUCGAUUGCUGAAAUCCAAGUGGGAGACAUUGUGGCUGCUACUUUUUACAAUGACAAAUUCUGGUACAGGGCUGAAGUCCAGGGAUUCCUGGACAAUGGAAAUGUGGAUCUUUAUUAUGUGGACUAUGGAGAUAGCUGGACGACCUCUGUAGAGAACCUUUUUCCACUUCGGUAAGUGGGUGACCAAGCAGAUGAAUAUUGGUGGGCUUUGUAAACUUUUGUGGAUGAAAUACCUGGCUUGUUUUGGACCAAAUGAAUGUGGGAAUAUGUGAGAUUGUAAUCUGGUAGAAUCUGUUAUCCUAGUUUAGUCAAUGGCCAAUUUGGUAGAUUAAAGUGCAGAUAUUUGUAACACUUAUGGCCCCAUUGUAGUAAAUGUGAUAUUAAUGUAAGAAUUUCACUUUUGUACACAGUGUUCUCGUAUUGUUAGACUCUUAUACGUUUUAUUUAUGAAUUUUCUCCCAUAGAAGCGACUUCCUGAGCCUUCCCUUCCAAGCCAUUGAAUGCAGCCUUACUGGUAUCACCCCUGUUGGUUAGUCUUUUUCUCUGUUUGAAGUGCAUAAAGGUGGACGGAGGUUGGCAUAGAAAAGGAACCUAUAUAGCUAGACAUGGAAUUGAUGGGCAUUUAGAAGGGAAUUGCAAACUUCCUAUUUUGCCGACACCAUCAUGUCUGUUUUUUGCACAGAACCUGGUUUAUUAAAUAAUCCUGUGUGUAUUUAAAAUGUAAUAUUUGUUCCUUAAGUUGGUUCUUCGAGAUGAAUAAAGUUAUUUUUACUUUAUCAAACAAAGAAGUUUGGUCUAUGUCCAUGUAACACAACUACCUUAUCUCUCGCUGAAACAUGAUUUUUCUAUGACAGAUGGUAAGUGGACCGAGAUGUCAUUGGAUGUAUUUGAUGAACUGACGCAUUGUGCAAAGUGGAAGCCAUUGUGUGCAAAGAUUUGCAGCUUUCCUUCUCCGGGAGUCUCUCGGUGUUUCCAUAUCCGGUUGUAUGACACAUCCAUGGAACCGGUGAGAGCAAACAUUUAAGCAUAGCCUGCUGCACUGCAGAGUAAAGUGUUCUUAAUUAAAAUUUUCUUUAAGACCCUUUAUAAGGAGCAUGAUGCUUUGUGGACAGAAGUAUGAAAGCUUCCAACUCUUUACGUUAGAGGAGUUCACAAAUCCUCAAUUAUUUUGUAAAACUUGGAUAAAUCUUACAUUGUAAAAACUGUCUCUACCACUGAACUCAAUAUAUUCUUUUAUUACAGAUUUUUUUCUAUUUUUUUAGCUAUUUGGUAUAAAAUUUUAAAUUUAUUUUUCAAUUUUGGGUUUACUUAAAUAAUGUAAAGCUGUCACACAUUCCUUUGGUUCCUUAGAUACUGGAUAUAGGACAUGAGCUGAUCAAUCAAGGAUUUGCCAUUGAACAAAAGGAGAGUUCCUUGCAAGGAGAUGAGGAGGAGAAUCUUGUGUCACGGCUCCUGGUGAGUCUGCUUGUCUGUAUAUAGGACCCUAUCUCAAGAUUGAUUGAUCUCAGUCAAUCAAUUGCUUUCCUGUGCUGUGCUAAUCAAAGCAGCAUUUGAUUAACAGAGUCUGACUCUGUGUCUCAAGUGGCUGUCAGUAAAACAGACACUAGAAAUGUAUUUAAACCUGUAUUGGUAACAUUGCAGUUUGCGCAAAAAUUUGUGGUUAAAACUUGGGCCACUGCAACCAGAUCACUUCUCCAAUACUACAGUGAGAUUCAUUUUAAAAUGUUCUAACUGAAUUUUCCUACUGGCGAAUUUUCCUACUGGCGAUUCCCUUAUUUCAACAGACAACUGAACAGCAGCCAAAUGGGAGUGAAAGCUUAGUAAUAACUGAAUUUGCCUUUUGCAAUUGGCCAAAUUUUUAACUAGCAGAAUUGUAACAAAUGAACAGCUUUUGAGUAGACCCCAACGUGGCUCUCAUUCAUGUUGAGCUUCUUAUCCAUUCCAGGAUGAGGUCACCAGCCUCUCCAUCGAUCCCCAGUCUUUUAGUUUUUCAAGUCGGUUGGAUGAGCAGCGUCUGUCAUCUGGUGAGUAUGAUCUAAUCAAGAGUAACUUAUGGGUUUAUUUAGAAUGCCUGAUGUGUUCCUUCUAUCUACAUUAUUUCCUAAAAAAAUCUAUUUAAGAAAACAAACUUGUUGAGCACUCUAGCUUACUGAAUAUCCAUUUGCAAACCUACAAAGCACAUUUCAGUUGAUGGCAAAAUGUAUGCUUAUAUAGUGAACAGGGGGAUCUGCUGAGGUUUGAAGGGGGCAGAGAUGGGAAGUGUUUGUUUGCAACUGCAGGAGACCGCUCUGCAUUAAUAAAGAGUGUGUCACCAAUGCUGCAGAAAUGUAUGGAACUCCUUACUGAAAUGUAGUGAGUGGCUUGCAGUGUUUUUUUUGGGGCUAGAAAUUUGUCUUAAAAAGGUGGUUUAAGCAAAGUGGAAUAGUGCUAAAUCAUUCAGUAUGAUCUUGUAAUGUAACUCUUAACUACUGGCCCAAUAGAUGACUCCAUUGAAAUGAUGCGUUCAGACAGGAACCUUGCUGUGAAAUCCAGUAACUUGACUUAUAGUGUACCAUCCACUCCUGCGGCUUAUUCAAAAGAGGAGGAAGAGAUUGAUGAUCGCUUGGAGGAGACUUUUUCCAAUAUAAAGAUAAGCUGCAAUGAAGAUGCCCUUUUGGUGUGUGGUUUAGAUAUCAUGCAGUCCUCUGAUCAGAAUGCCAGCUUCCCCACUGAUCAUGAAAAUAGUUUCAAUUCACAGCCUACUCCCAUGAAUUCUUCUGUCCCAGAGGCUGGCCCCGAGCCGCCCACGCCUUCUGUCCCAGAGGCUGGCCCCGAGCCGCCCACGCCUUCUGUCCCAGAGGCUGGCCCCGAGCCGCCCACGCCUUCUGUCCCCGAGGCUGGCCCAGAGCCGCCCACGCCUUCUGUCCCCGAGGCUGGCCCCGAGCCGCCCACGCCUUCUGUCCCCGAGGCUGGCCCCGAGCCGCCCACGCCUUCUGUCCCCGAGGCUGGCCCCGAGCCGCCCACGCCUUCUGUCCCCGAGGCUGGCCCCGAGCCGCCCACGCCUUCUGUCCCCGAGGCUGGCCCCGAGCCGCCCACGCCUUCUGUCCCCGAGGCUGGCCCCGAGCCGCCCACGCCUUCUGUCCCCGAGGCUGGCCCCGAGCCGCCCACGCCUUCUGUCCCCGAGGCUGGCCCCGAGCCGCCCACGCCUUCUGUCCCCGAGGCUGGCCCCGAGCCGCCCACGCCUUCUGUCCCCGAGCCGCUUCUCUUCGCUUCUUUCUGUCCUCAGGCUGUCCCCGAAAGCCGCUUCGCUGCUUUUCUGUCCCCUUUGCUGGCCCUGGUGCCGCUUCGCGCUUUCUGUCUCAGCUUCGCUUGGCCCUUCGAGUCAUUAGCGCUUGUCUCCUCGCCAGCCGCCUACGCUUUUCUGUCCCCGAGCCGCCUCAAGGCUUUCUGUCCCCGGAAGCCGCUCAAGGCUUCUUCUGUCCCCGAGCCGCUUCAAGGCUUCUUUCUGUCCCCGAGCCGUCAGCGCUUCUGUCCUCGCUGAAAGCCAGCUUCAAGGCUUUUCUGUCCCUUUGAGCCAAGGCUUUUCUGUCCUCUCGAGGCGCCGCUUUGUCCCCAGGCUUACGGCUGUUCUCGUAGGCGCUUCGCUAGCUUUCUAGCGUCCCCGGAGGGCGCUUCGCUGCUUUUCUGCCCCCGAGGCGCCCACGCCUUCUGCCCCCGAGGCGCCCACGCCUUCUGCCCCCGAGGCGCCCACGCCUUCUGCCCCCGAGGCCGGCCCCCCAUCACAGUCUACUGUUUUUGACAGCAGCACCUCCAAUGAACAUAGCUCCCCAUUUGAGUCUUCUGACAGCUCCAUUGGCUCUUCUAUGGAGUGCACAGUUUCCUCUGAGGGGCAGAUCUCGUCCUCCUCUUUAGACGACAACAGUAGCCCUUGCUCACCCCGUGGCUGCUUCUAUUAUGUUUCUGAGAAGAUGUCAACCAGCUCCAUCUAUAACAGUUCCUCUUGUGAUAUUAUUACUAUAAGUUCUGACAGUGAGGAGGAACCCGAGGACAAGACUGGCAUGAGGAGGGCUGCAGAGGUUUAUGGUAUGCAAUCAUUUUGUACACUGUAAUUUUGUGGCUGACUGGCACCUGGUGACCCUUUUCUGACCCCUUGGUGAAGGUGGGCCAAACCGAGCCAAUGAAUAGGUUUAGGAAACUGAAAUUUUAUCUGCUACCUGCAUAACACAAAAUCUAGAGUUAGCAGUAUAUUUGUAUUGUGCAAAAAGUUGCAUAAACUGAACUUGAUCUUCAAAAAUUUUGAGUAUUUAAUGCUGAGGUUCGGCAACACAUAUGUUUCUAGUGAAAUGUCAUUUAAAAUACUUAAAGGAACACUAUAGGGUCAGAAACACAAACAUGUAUACCUGACCCUAUAGUGCAAAACCCACCAUUUAGGUGGCUUUCCCAGCCCUUAAAGGUGAAUCAAACUCACCUUAUUUCCAAUGCUGCACCUGGCGCUGGCCCGCCCCCUUUGUGACAUCAUCAGAAUUGCCCAUUUUUAGCAAAUCCAAUGCUUUCCUAUGGGGAUAGCAUUGGAUUUGCUAAAGUCGGCCGGGGGGGGGGCCGCGCGGCAAACACAGUUUUGGCCAAUCGGCACCUCCUCAUAGGGAUGCAUUGAAUCAGUGCAUCUCUAUGAGGAAAAUUUAGCAUCCCUGUGGAGACGCUGGACGACACUGCUGCGUACUGUGCAGCACUGAGCUAGGAAGCCCCUCCAGUGGCCAUCUAAGGAGUGAAAUGUAAACCCUGCCUUUUCUCUGAAAAGACCAUGUGUGCAUGAAAAUGCCUGCAUGUAAUUAUACUCACCAGAACUACUUUAAGCUGUAGUUGUUCUGGUGACUAGUGUCCCUGUUAAUAAUUUGUACAGUUUUGUGUGUGUGUAUACCGUUUUCCUCCAAAAAUAAGCCGUAUUCUCUAGUUCACUAAUCUAUGUUCGGGGGAAUUUCCCUGAACGUACACAUGCUUGCAACUGUUUUUCCCCGAAAUAAGCCCUAGUGCAGGAUUCCCCAAACUCCGGCCCUCCAGAUGUUGCUGAACUACAAUUACAAUGAUUGUAUGAAUGAAAUGGAUAGGCUGAGAAUCAUGGGAGUUGUAGUUCAGCAAAAUCUGGAGAGGCAGAGUUUGGAGAAGCCUGCCCUAGUGUGUUAUUCAGGGCAAAACUAAAUCUAAAACCCGGUGUUAUUUUCAGGGAAAGACUGUAUAUUUACAUACACCGUAUAGCCAUGGUUGCUAACACUUCUUACCCAAAAGAGUAACUUUAAUGGCAGCAGGAAGUUGAUCCAUAUAGAACAGGUCUUUUGUGGCCCUUGCUGCUUUAGAGAGUAUUGUUGUUCAUACGUACUGUUCUACAUAGGAGUAAAUAUUCAGAAGAUUAGCUGGUCUUUUCUAAUUUUUAGCUAUAGACGGUUAGACCGUCACCGUACAGUGUGCUGGCCCGGAGGUGACUGCUCUUGUUAGUUGUAGAGUAACCUUUCAGCUUGGUGCAACGUGCAAACCGUUUAGGAGCCCAAAGAGUUUGUUUUCUGUGUUGGUUUCUAGAUCUUUGAUUUUAGAAGUUUGUUUAGAGAGGUCUCCCUGUUCCCUUUUUUUUUUUUUUUCAAAAGUAAUUUUUUUAAGGGCUUCCCAAAUGAUUGGAGUGGGGACAUGUAUAGUAAUAUGAUCCUUAUUGAGGGUUAUUAAUUUGUGGUCAGGAAGUGAUUUAUUAAUCUUGGCGGUCUGACUAUGUGAUUCCACUGUGAUUGCAUGAGCCUGUCUCCAUAUGUCGUGUUGGACAAUCAACGCGGUGUUCUACUAUAAGAUUACAAUUUCUUCCCAAACCCAGUAUACUACCCUGAUAAUUUUUCCAAGGGUUUUAUGCUGUAGUGGUUAUUGUGCAAGGAGUACCCUGGCACUGUCCCAGGGCAAAAGAUCAAAACUUACCUGGGGUUGUUUGUGUGUGUUUUUUUUUUUUUUUGUUUUGUUUUGUUUUUUGUUCGUUCCAGCUUUUUUACAUCAGUUUGUGGUGAUGAUCUGACAUGCACAAAUAUUGUGAUUUAUAAAAAAAAAAAGCAUCCAGCAUGUUUUGCAGAAUUUAUAAAACAACGCCUCAAGGUAGAAAAUGUUUACAUCUUUAUUCUUAAUGUACAAAAUCAUAGUUCCUAGUUGAUAUUAUGAUCGACGUGUACUAUUUAUGAGAGUGAUAUUAAUUCCUACAAACAAACCGUUGGGGUUCUGUACAGAGGAUUUCACCAUGACAUCAUAACAAUAAUACAAUCUCUUCCGGGUGGCAAAAGCCAAAGUGUUCUCCGAUUGAAAGCUGUACUCUGCUUAUAGAACUGCUCGGACUGGAGGGUCUCCUCUCACAGGUCCAGUGCUGGGUGUCUGUGUGAGUGGUAUGUAGGGCGGGUGACUUAUCAUUGGAAAAGCAGCUUGUACUGGAGAUUGAAUGCUAAAACCAUAUGGUGAUGACAUGUUAAAUACAGCUGGGGCAGGGAAUGUCAUGAUGUCUAUUGUGAGGAGAAUGUCAGUGGAAACCGCUCGCGUUCUGCACCCCGGAAGUAUAUUGGUGCCUAUUAUUUACAAACCUUCUGAAAUGCUGUACUGACACAGUUUAAAUAUGGGCCACUUACACACUGCCCAGUAGUAUCCAUUACAAGGCCCUAGUCCAGUUGCCUUCUUACAUUGCAUACUAUAUUUGUUUGAGUCAUAUGUUUUAUGUUUGCUCUUUGAAUGUGUUCUUGACAUGCUUUUACCCCUCUAAAAAGAUCAGCAAAACGAAAAAAAAAUUUGAAUAGUGUCCUUGAAAAUGCCCACCUAAUAUUAUGGCUUUAUAGAAAGGUAAUGUUAUUAAUGUGCAGCCUAAUUAAGAUUUCAUUGUUGCAACUGUGUUUAACACAAGUGAUAUGUGGUGCUUUUAUUUCAUUCCAUUUUUAUUUUUUUUUUAAAUAUAUUUAUUUAUUUUUUAAAGAAAUUCUUAGAUUUGGGUUAUUUAAGGUAAUCUAUGUAUUUUAAAUGCACAUUUAAUGAUAAAGAUUUGUUGGUUGACCUCAAGGUACCACUUGGUAGAAUAAAUCCUGGUUUAGUUUGGCUCACUGAUUACUUGUACUGUCUCUACACACUCCCACGCUCCAUCCUGACUAUCUAAUCACUCUUCUUUCCUGCUCUGCUAAUCUCCUGUAUGCUUAAUUCCCUCUGUCCAAGUGUCUAACCUUCUGGUUUCUCCGCAGAAGUGCUUAUAAGCUCAGGGAGUGAGGAUGAUGUGAUUUUAUUGGAAGACCACGCAUAAAUCUCCAAGCCGCCUGCCUACAUCAUAUAUUGCCAUGUUGCACGUUGACGUUUCCAAUGUUUACAAGUUGUAUAUAUUGUGUCUGUUUAAUAAACGUUAAUUUAAUCUCUGACAUAGGAGCGAGUGGCUACUUAUUGGUCUUUAUUG